CCAACAGAAUGUUCUCAAGCUGCAGAAGGAAGCCAGCCUGUCUCCCGAAAGCUCCAUCAACAUCACUUCCAAAAUACCUUCCCACAGGGAGACUACAAGCUGGACUUCAGUUCUGCCUGACCACCCGGAGGUUUGCAGCGCCGCGAACCUCCUAAGGAACAAGCCGUUCCGAGAGUGCAACCUGGGGGUCACUCAGAUCCCUGCGACCCCAAGUUCCGGAAGAACCCCGGGAUGCACAGCGACUGAUGCAAUUGCCAGGUCACGCUAGGGUUCGCAGGCGCCCCUCGCAUCACCUGUCCCUUCCGCGGUCUCCGGCAUCCCUUGUUCCUCCACGCUCCUCACACCCCAUCCCUCCUCCGCGUUCCCUAUGCCGCUCGCGUCCCCUGUCCUCCCCGGGAAGCCCAGUUCCUCACGUCCCUAGUCCGUCCUCCUCGCGGUCCCGGGCGCCCUCGCCGGCCACGCACCUGUCAGCCUUCUCUGAAGUCCCCAAGCCCCGCGGGUGGACGCGCACACCUCCCGCCCUGCCUCGUCCCAAGCCUGGCAGAUUCACCUGCGCUCCGCCGUGCUCGACCUCAACCUCACAGGCCUCUCGGCGGCCCGCGGAAGGCCGGCGCAGCUCUAGCGUCCGCUCCGGGCCGGGGCCGCACGCGCACCAUCCGGGCCUCCGGAGCCUCACACACGUGUCACCACGACCUUUAAAGGAGCCACACUGCAGCGUGCGCCCCGAGGCCGAGAGGAGAGCCCUGCCAGUCUACGCGAUGACGCAAGCGCGCAGCGCUAAAAGCUCCGGAAGCACCCUGGAGUCCAUGGACUCGGCUGCAGCCUGGCGCGGUUCCCGCGGAGUAGGUGAGGUGGCGUCACUUCCGCCUGCGUGCCUGACCCUGCGAUUGCGCAGGCCUGGGCUGGGCCGUGAAUGGUUGGAAGCUGGGUGCCGGCUACGCACAGGUCUGAAGGCUCUGCAGUGACGCCGGUAGAGAGUGCAAGCCUGGCCAUCCUGGGACCGAGUCUUUGAAGAUUUCACCAUUUGUUAAUUUCUUGGCUGCUGGUGUCCUUUUGAAAAAGACCAGCAAGCGGGGCUUGGGAUGAGGCCCCGGGUUCCAUCCAUCACGGCCUGAACCAGGCGUGGUGGCACAAGAAUGCAGUUACUGCAAUUCUGAGGAGUGGCUGUGGGGAUGAUGAGAAUUUAAAAGUCGUCCUUGGGAUAAGGAUAUUCUGUCUGUAGAUAAAUAAAGCAAAAGUCACUGCA